UAAGGGAUCUGAUCUUUGCUCGUCGCUGUAACGAUAUGGCGACGCCUCUCGCUUGGUUCAUAAACGUCUUCGUCCCCAGCUCAUUUUGCGGUGCAUUUUCCCUUCGUAGUGUUUUUUUUGCGCCUCAAGAUUCAUUGGCUUCGUUCAAGCGCCCGGCCGUAUGGAGUACGCUGAGGAACUUCCGGGCACGCGCCGCAUUUUUGACGCUGAAGGGAAGCCGCUCUAUCCUGGAGAUGCAGCACUGAAGAGGCACGGGGACAUAGUCCUGGUUCCUCAGCCAACUGACUCGCCCAAUGAUCCUCUCCACUGGUCCUUGUCCCGGAAAAUAUGGCACAGCUUUCUCGUUUGCUAUGUUACGGCCUUGACAGCCGCUACUUCCAACGAUGCGGGCGCCGCUCAAUACAAUGAGAAUCUUGAACUGGGCAUCAGUUAUGGCUCGUUCAAUACCGGCGCUGGUGUGCUGUUCUGCGGAAUCGGUUACUGGACAUUGCUUUCUUCUCCAGCCGUCUACCUGUACGGUCGCCGCAUCUUGUACUUGGUUGGCAUGACGCUGGGGUUCAUCGGAGGUAUCUGGUUCGCCAGAGGGCAGACGACGAGUGACGCUGUCUGGAAUCAGCUUUUUGUCGGCGCAUCCGAGUCCGUGGCCGAAGCGACGGUUCAGUUGUCACUGAUGGAUCUGUGGUUUCAACACCAGCGUGGGUCAGUGCUCGGCAUUUAUGUGUUGGCAACCAGUAUUGGUACAUACUUGGGACCCUUGAUCGCCAGCUACAUUGCAGACAGCAGCCUGGAUUGGAGAUGGAUCGGAUAUUUCGGAGCCAUUAUCUCUGGAGGGACCUUUUUGGUGCUUCUCUUCGGUCUGGAGGAGACGGCGUUCCACCGCGAUCGGUAUUUGGUCAAUGACGGAGACAGGUAUUUGAUCGACGGUGUUAACAGAACCGGUAGCGACAAUUCCGCAGGCUUGGAGGCGGAAGGACCCGAGAAAGAAAAGGUUGCCGGUGAACCUGAGUCGCAGGCUGUGGCUCCUCGCCAUGCGUCUGUUGCAGAAGAACGACUUGCGGCCGAGGACCGCCCCAAGUCGUAUUGGCGACGCAUUGCCAUCAUCACUCCCGCUCCCAAUCUACGCGGGCUCGGCUUCAAGCAAUACUUCCAGCGCCUCUUCCACACUCUGCGGAUCUUUACUUUCCCUGCCGUCCUGUACUCUGGGUUGCAAUGGGGUGCCCAGGACGCUUGGCUUACCUUUUAUCUGACCGUCGAGGAAGAUAACUGGUAUGGUCCGCCAUGGAAUUACAGCGACGCCGCUGAUGGGCUGAUGAACGUCCCCUGCCUUAUUGGUGCCGUUAUCGGAGCCACAUAUGGUGGAUGGCUCAGCGACAAGUUCAUGUUAUGGAUGGCCAAGAGAAACGGGGGUGUAAGCGAAGCCGAACAUCGACUGUGGCUCAUGUACCCAUGUGCCGCCAUCUUCCCUACUGGUCUCUGGCUGUUUGGAAUCGGGACCAGCUACGGGUGGUCCUGGCCCGCCCCGUAUGUUGGUCUGGGCUUCAUCGGCUUUGGAUGGGGCUGUUGUGGCGACUUGAGCAUGGCGUACCUGAUGGAUGCCUACCCGGACAUGGUCUUGGAAGGCAUGGUGGGCGUGGCAACGAUUAAUAACUCGAUCGCACUCGUCUUCACAUUCACGGCUUCCGACUGGAUCGACGCGAGCGGUGUUCGAAACACAUUUGUGGCAAUUGGGGUUUUGGCCUUCGUUUUCAUCAUGACAACUGUGCCCAUGAUGAUCUGGGGCAAGAGGUCUCGUCGCUGGACAAGGAACCGAUACCAGCGAUUCUUGGAGAUUCGCGAUGGUUUCUCAAGCUAAGUCGUUGGGGAAUAGGCGGCGAUCCAAGGGAUCUUCGGGGAUGCGCUGUCGCCGAAACAUUCGCACUGUAACAUCUUGACGUGCAAUUCUAUAAGUCAAUAUCUCUGGUGAUAUAUUCCAUGUCUAGCGUUUUCAAAUCGAAUUUGGUGGUAUGAAGGUGA